CGGCAAAUUGACUCUCGUCGCUCCCCGUAGCAGGUUCUUUUCCUCCAGCAUGGCUGCGUUCAGGAGCGGAGUGACUCCAGGUAGCUUAGCACGAUGUUUCCUGAAGCAGACUGGGAAACAGAGCAGAGGCAGCCAGAUCCUUUCAGACAUUUGGAGCCACCGGUUGCUCCAGAAGUCCAGUCUGCACACGGUGCUGGAGUGUCGCAGUCCCGCCGCCAGAGCUCUGCUGGGCCGCCGACAGCACGCCAAGAUCCUGUGGGUGAACGCAGUGGCACUCAGACACAACAGCUCACAGAUCCCAGCGGAGGAUGUCACCAUGGCAACUCCAGUGUUGGAGUCCUCCUCCUCCGUCGUGUCUCCGCCUGCUGAGCUGACCUCCAUCACCACACAGCCCAUCACUGAACAGAUCCCAGUAGAAGCGGUUUCCACGGCAGCACCAGUCCUGGACUUGUCGCCUCCUGCGGCGGUGGUCCUGGACGUGUCUCCUCCUGCGGCGGUGGUCCUGGACCUGCAGCAGCUCUCUGAGGCGGUGGGGGACGCGGCCCCGACGGCAGCGGGGGUCCUGCAGGCUGCAGCCACAGAGAGCAGCCUGUCAGAGCUGGGACUGGCUGCUCCCACACCAGUGGGCCUGAUCCAGAGCCUGCUGGAGCUCCUCCACAUGGACCUGGGGCUGCCCUGGUGGGGCGCCAUCAUAGUCGGGACGGUGCUGGCUCGCCUGGCGGUGUUCCCGGUCAUCGUGAAGGGUCAGAGGGAAGCAGCCAAGCUCAACAACUUCAUGCCCGAGAUCACCAAACUCACCACCAGGGUCAACGAGGCCAAACAGAGCGGAAACAAAUUUGAAUUUGCCAAAGCCUACUCCGACCUGAACUUGUUCCAGAAGAAGAACGAUGUGAAUCCUCUCCGCGGCUUCCUGGUUCCUCUGGUGCAGGCGCCGAUCUUCAUCUCCUUCUUCAUGGCGCUGAGGAAGAUGGCGGAGCUGCCGGUGCCCAGCCUGCAGACGGGAGGUCUGCUGUGGUUCACAGACCUGACGGCAGCAGAUCCCUUUUAUAUCCUGCCGCUGGCCGCUACUGGGACCAUGCUGCUCAUCCUGGAGCUGGGAGCAGAGUCUGGCGUGGACAACCCCAACCUGCGAGCCAUGAAGACGGUGUUCAGGAUCAUGCCCUUCAUCAUCCUCCCCUUAACCAUCAACUUCCCCACGGCCGUCUUCACCUACUGGCUCACCUCCAACUCCUUCUCUCUGGCCCAAGUGGCGCUGCUCAGACACCCGCUGGUCCGAGAGCGCCUCAGGAUCCCCGAGAGGAUCAAACACCCCACGGACGCCUUGCCGAAGAACGAAGGCCUGAUCCAGAACAUGAAGAAGGGCUGGAAAAACGCUAACCUGGCCUACCAGCUGGAAGAGAGAGAGAGAAGAAUCAAAAACCACCUGGACCUCGCAGCCAAAGGUCCACUGAGGCAGACUUUUACCCACAAUCCCCUGAAGCAGACGGCAGCAUCAUCAAAAGAAAACCCAGCUGGUGGCAAAGCCAGGCCGUGGAAGGACGUCGUCUGAUAAAUCCAGCCGAUCGUUUAACAGUGUGAUGAAUUAUGUAAAUAUUUAUGAAUGGAAGCGACUGCAGAGGGGGGGUUGUCAUUAUGUAUUAUUGUAAUUAAAAUAUGAAAAAUCUGCCUCAAAACGA